UAUUUCAACAACAAAAAGGAAAUAACAAGACAUUUCUCAAAAUCAAACAUAAACCAUUUUCGGCAUAUAUACUCCCCAUAAACCAAACCAUUUUCCUCAGCUUCUAGGUUUUGUUCAAGUUUUGGCAUGCAACGUUAAAUUCACGUAAGUGCAGUUCAAAUAAUUACGUGUUUGGUUAUUGUGUUAUUGUAAUGCUUGCUGUGUCAUCUUUGAGUAACACAAGGAACAAAGAUGAAAGGGGUAAGGAGAUGGAAAGUUUCACGAUCGGAGGAGGUGACGAUUUUCCAGAUUUUAUGGGUGAGAAUUUGCUCGACAGUAUUGAUUUUGAUGACCUUUUUGUUGGGAUCAACGACGGAGAUUUGCUACCUGAUUUGGAGAUGGACGCUGAGAUUUUUGCUGAAUUUUCAGUUAGUAGUGGCGAUGAAUCUGAUGUGAACAACUAUAAUAUCUCUACUCCUACUACUAUAAAAAAUGUAGAACAAGAGAGUUGUUUAAGAAAAGAAGUGGAAAAGGCAUCAUCAGUUUCAGCUUCGGAUCUUGGUUCGGGGUUAACGAGCCUAAAUUAUCAGGGAGAAGAAAUUGUGAGUACUCAAAAGAGUGAAGAAUCUGCUCCACCAGUGAAUCAGAAUCCUCUGCAUAAAGAAAGUGAUAAAGGCAAAAAGUCAUCUGCUCAAUCCAAGAAUAAUCCUCAAGGGAAGAGGAAAGUUAAGGUGGAUUGGACGCCAGAAUUGCACAGGAGAUUUGUACAAGCAGUAGAGCAGCUAGGUGUAGAUAAGGCAGUCCCAUCUAGAAUUUUGGAAAUUAUGGGAAUCGAUUGUCUCACUCGCCAUAACAUUGCCAGCCAUCUUCAGAAAUAUCGAUCCCAUAGGAAGCAUUUACUUGCAAGAGAAGCCGAGGCGGCGAGCUGGAGUCAAAGAAGGCAAAUCUACGGCGGUGCAGGAGGCGGAGGCGGAGGAGGAAAGAGAGAGAUGAACCCAUGGCCUGCGCCGACUAUUGGCUUUCCUCCUCCGAUGGCAACUCCAAUGCCUCAUUUUAGACCCUUACAUGUAUGGGGUCAUCCAUCUGUCGAACAAUCAUAUAUGCAUAUGUGGCCUAAACAUUUAGCACCUUCACCUUCUCCUCACCAGCAUCCAUCGCCUGCAGCUUGGCCACCUGCUGUUCAUCCUCCUCCUCAUCUUCAUCCUGCAGAUCCUUCUUUUUGGCAUCCACAUCAUCAACGGGUACCAAAUUCUCUUACCCCAGGAACUACUUACUUUCCAGCACCUAUAGCACCAACGAGAUAUCCUGCUCCUCAUUCAGUCCCAGGCAUUCCACCCCCUGCCGCCAUGUACAAAGUAGACCCCGGCAUUGGCGUUCGAACUGCCGUCGCCGGAGCUGGACAACCUCUUCCUAAACCUCCUUGUGACUUUCAUCCUUCAAAGGAGAGCAUAGAUGCGGCUAUUGGAGAUGUUUUAUCAAAGCCAUGGCUGCCACUUCCCCUCGGACUGAAACCUCCCGCUGUCGACAGUGUGCUGGGAGAAUUACAACGUCAAGGGGUACCUAAAAUACCACCAACUUGUGCAUAGAGUUAUUUUGGCAGCGCAGCUAGCAAAGCCGGUGGAAUUUUUUGGGGUUCUCUUACACCAAAGAAACCCUUCAAUUCGACGACAUUUCCUGCACGUAGAGAUGCAUGAAGAUGAAUUCAAUCUGUCAUCACCAUCAUCCUCAUAUAUCAGAAAAACUUUUCUUUUUUUGUUUCAUAGCUUUGUUGUCCUACUUCGUUCUUGUUUCGUUAUGUGCAAGGACAUGCUUUAACUUAACAAUGGGGUUUGCACAUGCAUGAACUGAUAUAUCUUUUUGUGAUGAUGUAAUCACCGGUUUGAGAAUUCUAAUAAUAAUAGCGAGAGCUUCUUGUAAACUUGCUUUAA